AUGGAUACAAAAUCUGUUUGCCCAAUCAGUACGUUUUCUACUGAUCAAAGUGUUCAACAUAUGAUUAAAAAGUUGAAGGUCUUGAAUGCAGAGAUAGCUUAUGUGGAUACAGGUGCUGGUAAUGGUUAUCCAGUCUUGUUCUUUCAUGGCAACCCUACAUCAAGUUAUUUAUGGCGUAAUGUUAUUCCACUGGUUAGUAAACAAUUUCGAUGCCUUGCCCCUGAUCUUGUUGGUAUGGGUAAUUCAAGCAAAGUAACGACAGGCUAUCGAGUCAUUGACCACCAUAGAUACAUUGAUCAAUGGAUGGAUCAAGUUUUACCCACUGGCAAGGUAAAUAUUGUCUGCCAUGAUUGGGGUACAAACAUUGCUUUCAACUGGUGCCGUAGACAUCCUGAGCGAGUAAAUUGCAUUGUUCAUAUGGAAGGCAUGGUUUUGGUUGGAUCAUGGAAGUUUGCCAAACCAGACUUUGCUAAAACCUUUAAAGCAUUGAGAACGCCUGACAUUGGCGAAAAAAUGGUACUCGAAAAGAAUAUGUUUGUUGAACAGUUAUUACCAUCAAGUAUUAUGCGUAAAUUAAGCGAAGAAGAAAUGCAAUGUUAUCGACAACCAUUUGUUACUCCCGGUGAAAGCCGUCAACCGAUGUUGUCAUUCCCUCGCGACAUUCCUUUUGUAGAAGAUGGUCCAGAAGAUGUGGCUGAAAUUGUCAACUCAUAUAUCAAAUGGCUUUCUGAGACACCAGUACCUAAACUAUGUAUCCUUGCUGAGCCUGGCGUCUUCUCUCCUAAUAUCGAACGUGCUACAAAGUCGUGGAAAAAUCAACAGUUUGCAACUGUUAAAGGCCUACAUUUUAUGCAAGAAGAUUCACCUACUGAAAUUGCAGAGCUUGUCAUUAAUUUUUUAUCAUCGGAAUCCUCUAAAAUGUAGAUUGAUUGUUUCAGCCAAAUGUUGAAUAAUUGCACGUUAACAUAGUAGCUGCAGUAUAGCAAUUUCCACUCGUAUCGUUGACAGGCAAUCUGUAUAGAUGUAAUGUAGCUAGACAUUGUGUAUUUAGUAGUUUAAUGUGUGUACGUAUGCUCUCUAUAUGGCUAUGCUUUUUAUCGAUGUUAGCCAAACUUUGUCUUUGGUUGGUUCUAUAGUACAAAUCUAAUUAAUCCUGGAUUAACAUUGUGCCUGCUAUGGUCACACGUACAAAUUGUAGUAUAGUUCCUAUUGCUAAUUGCUGAUAGUGUAGAAAUGUUACAAUUAAAUUCGGAUAAAACCCAUAUAUAAAUUACAUGAGCUAUUUGCAGCUGACAGACCCUGCUUUUCCAAGUAA